CAAGGAGAGCCUCCCAGGCCUAGGGCAGCGGUUGUUGUGAGACUUGGGGAUGGGGUGGGGGAGCGCGGUGUUUGGCAGGAAGGGGAGGCCUCUCUCCUGGCAGGAAGCUGCGCUACGGGAAGAGGGAGGAGACUGCGGCGGGGGCUGUGUCUGGUGGGAGCCAGAUGUGGCAGUGCUGCUGCCGCCAACAGUGAGACUGAGAACCCAUGAGCCGAGUGCUGGGGAGACCGCCUCCAUCUCCGCCUUCCUCACAGCGCUCCAAGAUACCUUCUUGCCUACGGAUCCUCCCCUCUCAGCUCCUGCAAGCACUCACCUCAUCCUCUGCUGAUCCUCUUUCGCCGCAGGUUCACAGCGGAGGCAGCGCAGCAAGGUGUCCCAUUUGGGCACGUGAGGCCCGUGAUCCCCGGACGUGGGGAGGUGGGCACUGGACUAGAAAACCGGAGGAUUGGGGUUGCCCCUUUCCUCCUUCUGCAGGCAUGAAGACCCUUCACAAAAAGGCAGCUGCAGAUCAGCAAACCAGGGAAACUGAUGAUCACCACAUUGGAUCUGCAAAUAUGAAGAAGAAAAAGACCUGUCAAAAGAAGCAGAGGGGCAGACCUUCAUCACAGCUCCGAAGGAACAUAGUGGGCUGCAGAAUUUCACAUGGAUGGAAAGAAGGCAAUGAGCCCAUCUCGCAGUGGAAAGGAACCGUUCUGGAUCAGGUGCCUAUCAAUCCCUCUCUUUACCUGGUCAAAUAUGAUGGAAUUGACUGUGUCUAUGGACUGGAACUUCACAGAGAUGAAAGGAUUUUAAAGCUUAAAAUCCUUCCUGAUAAGGUGCCAUGUUCUCGAGUCACAGAUGUGUGCCUUGCAAAUACCAUAAUUGGGAAAGCUGUGGAACAUAUGUUUGAGGGUGAGCAUGGUUCCAAAGAUGAAUGGAGGGGAAUGGUCUUAGCCCAAGCACCUAUCAUGAAAGCCUGGUUUUAUAUUACCUAUGAGAAGGAUCCUGUCUUAUACAUGUACCAGCUUCUAGAUGAUUACAGAGAAGGAGACCUCCGUAUCAUGCCAGAGUCCAGUGAGUCUCCUCCAGCAGAGAGGGAGCCAGAAGGAGUUAUAGAUGGCCUCAUAGGUAAACAUGUGGAAUAUACCAAAGAAGAUGGCUCCAAAAGGACAGGCAAGGUCAUUCACCAAGUGGAAGCCAAACCCUCUGUGUAUUUCAUCAAGUUUGAUGAUGAUUUCCAUAUCUAUGUCUAUGAUUUGGUGAAAAAGUCCUAACUGUUAGGGUAAACUUUGCCACAUUUGUGAGAACAAAUGUAUACUUUGUAGACGUGCAAAACAAUGUUGCUUUUCAGUGUAUUGAAAGCUUAAGGGUCCCUGUUAAUUCAACAUCUUUGCCAGCAUAACUGUUGUUUGUUUUUUUUUUUUGAAAAUACAAAUUUAUGUGGACAUGA